UUCAUUUUUUUAUUUUUUAUUUUAUUUUAUUUUAUUGUCUUAAAAAACUUUUAUGGUUUAAAGUGCUUCUAAAACCUUCCAAAAGCUGUCAAACACUUACCUUUAUAUAAAAUGAAAAUUCCAAAUUCAAAAUGUAACGGCUAGUUUCAAACUUUCAAGUGACCGUUAAUAACCCUCAAAAUUCUAGGUAUUGAAUAAGUGCCUCCGAUUGAAAAACCACCCCCGAAUCAAAUUUUGAAGGGAAAAAGAUAUUAAAAAAAAAAAUUUCGAAGCACGCAGCUCCAGCAAAUAGUUCCUCAGUACACUGAUCAAUUCACUGCAAGAAAUCAAAGGUAGCUCAAAAUGGUGUACACAUACACACCAACAUACUACACUUCACUCCAUGACUCGAUCACCUCUCUAUGCAAAAACAUCCUCCCUUUCUCCUUCAAGAAGCGGCGGUUGCCGGCUAUCGUGGCUGCCGAGCAGAGGCUCUCGAAGCAACAAUCUGACAACCUGAAAUGGCAACAAGAUUCAUUCCAUCAGAUCCUCAACUUGAUGGGUCUCUGCAAAGAGGGUAUUUUGCCAGAAACGGAGGUCUCUGCCUUUCGGUCUCAUCUGCUCGAAACCCUCAUCGCCUCGCCACUUGAUCACGAACAUCAAGCGAUCCUAAGAGACAAGUUGAUCUUUUUGCAGGAGUUGUUGUACGCGAAAUGUAUAUCAGAGGAUGAGUAUCACUCCUCCAAGAGGCCUUUGUUACAGAGACUCGCUGUUCAAGGAGCUGAGAUUGAGGCCAGGGAUGUGAUUGUUGCAGCAAAAAAACAGGGUUCUGAUGAGGAGUGGUCUGUUAUUGAUCUCAAGGAUGAGAAAUGCUUGCUGAGCAAAGAGAGCUCAAAUUCGAACAACAAAUCAAAACAUGGUUCAGCCUUGAAGCAAAUCAAAGGAGCUGCAUCUGUAUUUAGCUUUUCAUCGUCUCACAAAAAUGAAAAAUUCAAGCAAAGUUUUGGUCCAAUUGAUCCAAACUUUACUUCCUCUGGCUCCUCAAGGAAUGAAUUGGGACUAUCUAAAGAAAACCCCUUUUGGAAUAGUGCGAACAUGAGAGAGAACCAAAGUGAAACUCCAUCCAUUCUCAUGUCGGAGAGCUUGCCACCGGAGUCCAUGAAGGUCGAGAAUCAAAGUGGCGGUGGUGAUAAGCCAAAGAAGAAAUCAUCAUUUAAGACUCUGUUUCACAGAGAGCAGAAAGAGGAGGAGGGACAAGGGUGUGAUGACCAUGGAUCAUCAGAGUUUGAGGAAAGAGUAACAAAAUCAGGAAAGAAACAAUGGGGAUUUGAUGGGUUCAAGAAAUGGAAGAAAAGUGAUUCAGAGGAUGAAACAGCUCCUCUACCACUUAGUGAAAGAUCAGAUAGUGAAGCAUAUUCGGGUUCGUACCGUCUUGUCUCAAGUCCAGUUGGGGAGGGUCCAGACACCAAGCAAAUUAAGAGGAAGUUGCAUUCCAAUGGUGCAUCAUCAGAUUUUUUCAUUGAUAAGGUUUUGGGUGAGAAGAUAAAGAAGGAGCUUUCGCGAAUUCAAACAGAACUAAAUGCUACAAACCCAAAUCUUCAGUUCUCGAAUGAUCAGAUUGAAGCAAUUUCUACUAGGCUUCCAGUUGACAAGGCUGACUUGAAAAAGUUCUUUCCUAAGUCAUGGUGUGAUAGAUAUGGUGAUGUUGUGUUGGAUGUGGUGAAAAAAGAAUUCAAGGACCAUGUUGGAGAAAUGGGGAGUUUGCGCGACGCUGCCAGAGAGAAGCACAGCAGCUCAAAAAGAUGGACUACAUUCGAUGAUGACGAGAACUGUCACCCAAAUCUCUUUGCUCCUCAGGAUCAUCAUCCAUUCCCAAUGAAGCAAACAAAGUUCACUCCUUCGAAGGAAGAUCACAGCUUAAAAAAUAAGCCCUUAUUCCAUGAGUGUGAUGACGCCAAGCCGAGACCUGAAUCAGCCUUUUGUUAUGACCAGAACCCCUUCUGGAGUCCAAGGCACCACGGUUCUUCUAUGCUUGGUUAGAUGAAACCAUAUUCUAUCACUAGUAAAGUUUAUCUGUCUUGAACAGACAAGACUUGUGUUUCUUUCUCAUUCAAAAUAGAUAUUUGUUGUAGAUGAAUGAAUGCUUUUGGAUUGAGCUAUGAAGAAUAUUGUUCUUCAAGUAAUUUGUUACAAUUCUCACUUUCACUUUCUUUAUUUCCCAUGGGAUUUACUCCGUAUGUGCAACGAAGCUAAGAGUUUGGUGUGAUGCAACAACAGCAGGCCACCGUUUCCCAGCCAAUCACAACCCGAAACACUAAAUAUAGUCCUGUUUCCCAGCCAAUCACAACC